CUCAGCGCUGCCAGUGCAGUGGUGAGAACGGGUCGUGUUGAUUUCAGGAGUCAUCAUGGCGCUCACUUCUCCAGUCAAAGAACAUCCAUAUAGCCAUCUAAUUGACACAUUGCAAGAUGGUAGAACUAAAUUCUACAAUCCACUUAAAUUAAAUGAUCCAAGAUAUGACAAACUGCCUUUGUCCAUCCGUGUCUUACUGGAGGCAGCAAUUCGUAACUGCGAUGGCUUUUACACAAAAGAAGAAGACAUCCAGAACAUCCUGGACUGGCAGCAGCAGCAGACUAAAGCCGAGGUGCCGUUCUCUCCAGCACGAGUCCUCCUCCAGGACUUCACUGGUAUUCCUGCCAUGGUGGACCUCGCAGCCAUGAGGGACGCUGUGGCCAAACAUGGUGUAGACCCCAGCCUGGUCAACCCCAAAUGCCCUACAGACCUCAUUGUAGACCACUCUUUACAGAUUGAUUAUAGCAAAUGUGCCAUACAAAAUGCUCCAAACCCAGGGGGAGGAGACAGCCAAAACCAGGGUCCUUCUCGUUCCACGUCCUCUAGGCCUCCGUCCAGAGGAGGAGCACAGUGUGGGGGCCAGCGGGGCUCCUGUAGUAAAGCUGCCUGCAGUGACCCACCAGCCUCCCCGGGUCGACCUCCAGUGUCUGUCCAGCAGAUUGAGAACACACCUCUCCUCUGCCCUUUCCACCUGAAGCCUGUUUCUGAAACUGACACAGCUCUGAAGAACCAGGAAAUGGAACUCAUUAGAAACAAAGAAAGGCUUCAGUUCUUCAAGUGGUGUUCAAAAGCCUUUAAGAAUGUAAAUGUUGUUCCUCCGGACGUCGGCGCGGUCCACCAGGUGAAUCUAGAGUAUCUGUCCAGAGUGGUCCAGGUCAGCAAUGGAUUCGUCUUCCCAGAUAGUGUGGUGGGAACCGACUCGCACACCACCAUGAUCAAUGGGUUGGGCAUCCUAGGCUGGGGUGUUGGAGGAAUUGAGUCAGAAGCUGUGAUGCUGGGACAGCCAGUUUCUCUGAAGCUUCCUGAGGUGGUGGGCUGUAAACUAGUGGGGUCCAUUAAUCCCCUAACCACAUCCAUAGACGUCGUCCUAGGUAUUACAAAGCACUUAAGGCAAGCUGGGAUCGCUGGAAAGUUUGUAGAGUUUUUUGGACCUGGUGUCUCCCAGCUGUCGGCUCCAGAUCGAACCACCAUUGCCAACAUGUGCCCAGAGUAUUCUGCUACUGUGAGCUUCUUUCCCGUUGACCAAGUCACACUAAAGCACUUUAAAAAGACGAACUUUACCCAGGAAAAACUUGAAUUGCUGGAGUCUUACGUGAAGGCUGUAAAACUUUUCAGAAGCUAUGAAGACCCCUCAGAGGACCCACAGUAUUCUGAGGUGAUAGAGAUAAAUCUGAGCUCCAUGGUGCCCUAUGUGAGUGGACCGAAGCGGCCUCAGGACAGGGUGGCCGUUAGCAGCAUGAAAAAAGACUUCCAGAGCUGUCUUGAUGAGAAGGUUGGCUUCAAAGGCUUCCACAUCUCUAAGGAGAAGCAGAGCAUGCAGGUUCCUUUCUUGCACUGCGGUCAGGAGUAUCAGCUAGCUCACGGCUCUGUGGUCAUCGCUGCCGUCAUUAGCUGCACCAACAACUGCAACCCGUCUGUCAUGCUGACUGCAGGUCUACUGGCGAAAAAGGCUGUGGAGGCGGGACUUGUUGUAAAGCCUUAUAUUAGGACCAGCCUGGCUCCUGGAAGUGGCAUGGUCACUCACUACCUCAAUACCAGUGGAGUCCUGCCUUACUUUAGCCAGCUUGGGUUUGAGGUGAUCGGUUACGGCUGUGCCACAUGUGUAGGGAACACAGCUCCGCUACCUGAAUCCGUCGUAGAUGCAAUCAGACAGGGGGACUUGGUAGCCUGUGGUGUUUUAUCUGGUAACAGGCACUUUGAAGGACGUCUGUGUGACUGCGUACGUGCCAACUACCUGGCCUCCCCACCGCUGGUGGUGGCAUAUGCUCUCGCUGGAACUGUGGGAAUCGACUUUGAGAAAGAGCCUCUGGGUGUGACCACAGAGGGAAAGGAAGUGUAUCUUCGUGACAUCUGGCCGUCCAGGGAGGAGGUCCAGCAGACCGAAGAGGACACGGUCAUCUCCUCAAUCUUUAAGGAUCUCAGGGGAAGGAUGAAGCAAGGGAACACAUUUUGGAACAACAUCGACUGUCCAGAUUCGGUGGUUUUCCCCUGGGAUCACAAGUCCACGUAUAUCCGUUCACCAUCUUUCUUCAGCAAGUUGAGUAAAGAGGUGCCAACCCCUCAGUCGAUAGAGAGCGCUCAUGUCUUACUGUUCCUCGGCGACAAAGUCACCACAGAUCACAUCUCACCGGCGGGCAGCAUCGCCCGGGUCAGCGCCGCUGCAAAGUACCUGCUGAGCAAACGUUUGACGCCGCGGGAGUUUAACUCGUACGGAGCUCGCAGAGGGAACGACGCUGUGAUGACCAGAGGCACGUUCGCCAGCAUCAAGCUCCAAAAUCGAUUCAUUGGCAAACCAGGCCCUAAGACUUUGCACAUUCCUUCAGGCCAGACACUGGACGUCUUCGAAGCAGCUGAUCGCUACCAGAGAGACGGCAUUCCUCUCAUCAUCCUGGCAGGCAAAGACUACGGCUCUGGAAACUCCAGGGACUGGGUCGCCAAAGGACCAUACCUGCUGGGCGUACGUGCUGUCAUCGCUGAGAGUUUUGAGAAGCUGCAUAAGAAUCAGCUUGUAGGGAUGGGCAUCAUGCCACUCGAGUUUCUGCCCGGUGAGAACGCAGACUCACUGGAGCUCAGUGGGAAGGAGAGGUUCACUAUCACUCUGCCAGAGAGUCUGAGUCCAAAGCAGCAGCUCACUGUUAAGACAAGUCAAGGAAAGUCUUUCCUUGUCACUGCACUCUUCGACACAGAGUUGGACGUUAUAUUUUUCCGACAUGGAGGGCUCCUAAGAUACGUCGCUCGGACUUUGCUCUGAAACAGCCUGAAUGUGCCCUAAAAAGAACAACAGCACUCAUCAUUUCACCCCUUUGUCUUCAGUGUGAUCAAAAAAUAAAAGAAAAAAACAGCUUGCUGGAGCAACAUGAAAGGCUGAUGAUUUGUCUGAAACGUCUCCGGACUUUUGGAGUCAUGAGGCAUCAGUUUUUGGACCCGUGCAGCUUCUCCAUCACUCAAUACACAUGGCUGGUUCUGGAUUUUUCCGCACAGGAUGGACUAAACAAGCCUAGGAGGAAGUGGAGACAUUCAAUCUAAAAGACUGAACUUUGGCUGAUUAUUGGACAGUGUUUUAAUGUGAAUGAGAAACAGAUUCUGCACUUGAUGGAGACAUUUUCUUUACAGCGGAUUGGAUUCUGUUCCUGCUUCUGUGGUCAUUUAACUAAAAAUCAUUUUUUGCCAAGUAAGGCUAACAUGGUGCUAGGUACUACAGCAUGGAUACGUUGUUUUUGGGGUGCAGUAAAGCCUGUUUUUUUCCCAGCAUCAAAUUAAAGGUUCAUUUUUGUGUAUUUCAAACAUUUGCAGAGGUGAUGUCAACUUAUUGUGGCCAAACAAUCAUAUGUAAAUUAUGUUCUUUUUUGUUAAUAUAUCUUUAAUCAAAUGGCCUUCUGCAGAGUACAGCUGUCUGUCAAUACACUCUUUUUUUAAAUGUGCAAAUGUGAAAUCCAUUUUUUCCUGUUUCUUGUAUCACUGCAUUAAGGUGUCUUCUGCUUUAACAGCCAGUCUUCUGCAUCACAUUAAAGCAACAUUAAAAAAGUUUGAAGAAUCACUCUACAAAGCAGCAUCUUCCAACAGUUUUGAUUAAUAUAACUCCGUCAAAAACGUGAUCAAGUGCAAUAUGUGCACAAAGUAGUCAGACCCCCUUCACUUUUUUCAGUUUUGCUGUUGCAGCCUGAUGCUGGACUCAUUAUUUUCUCUCAUGAAUCUACACUCAGAACCCC